UGAUCGUUAGUCAUGGGGACAGAGGGUUCGAGAUAGCUAGUCCUUUAGCUUUAGCUGCGAAUUUGGAACCUUAGAGACUGGAGCUCUACCGGCCUCCGACAUGGCUAACAUAGCGAAGAAGGUGUCGUGGUCCGGUAAAAAUGACGAGACUCGCGGGGAACGAACGCCUCUUCUGAACGGAUCUGAAGAAGUCAGAUACAACAGACAGUUGUCCGGGGGUCCUAUAUUUCAUAUAGGCAGGCUGAGUACUGUGGAUCUUGAGGAAGACAUUGCGACAGAAGAGGACCCAGUGAGGAGUAGACCGAAGGAGAUUCCACACAAUGAGAAGCUGCUUUCCCUCAAAUAUGAGAGUCUGGACUACGACAACAGCGAGAACCAGUUAUUUUUGGAGGAAGAAAGACGCAUGAGUCACAUGGGUUUCCGGUGCUUGGAGAUCAGCCGCUGGGUGAUCUGUGGUCUCAUCGGCGUGUUCACAGGGCUCAUAGCUUGUUUCAUUGACAUCGUGGUGGAGAAGCUGGCUGGAGUAAAAUAUUCUGUUGUCAAAAAGAACAUUGAGAUGUUUACAGAGGUUGGAGGCUUGUCCAUCUCCUUAUUACUGUGGGUGGUGCUAAACUCUGCCUUCGUCAUGGUUGGAGCCAUCAUCGUCACCUGCUUUGAGCCCAUAGCUGCAGGUAGUGGAAUCCCUCAGAUCAAGUGCUACCUAAAUGGAGUGAAAGUUCCUCGAGUUGUCCGGCUCAAGACUCUGGUGGUGAAGGUGUGUGGUGUGAUAUGCUCUGUAGCUGGGGGCCUGGCUGUGGGAAAGGAAGGACCUAUGAUUCACUCAGGAGCAGUAGUUGCAGCUGGAGUGUCCCAGGGCAGAAGUACCUCUCUGAAGAAGGAUUUCAAGAUCUUCGAGUACUUCCGCAGGGACACGGAGAAGAGGGACUUCGUCUCUGCCGGAGCUGCCGCAGGGGUCUCUGCUGCCUUCGGUGCGCCUGUUGGUGGAGUUCUGUUCAGUUUAGAGGAAGGCGCAUCUUUUUGGAACCAAAUGCUUACAUGGAGGAUUUUCUUUGCAUCAAUGAUCUCCACCUUCACACUGAACUUGGUCCUGAGCGUCUAUCAUAACAAAACUACAGAGCUGUCAAGCCCUGGCCUCAUCAACUUUGGCACCUUUGACUUAGAAUGUGUGCAGUACAGCCUCUACGAGAUCCCUCUGUUCAUCUGCAUGGGAGCAAUAGGUGGACUUCUGGGAGCGCUCUUCAACCUUCUCAACUACUGGCUGACAAUUUUCCGAAUCAGGUAUGUGCACCGGCCAUGCCUGCAAGUGAUGGAGGCCAUGAUGGUGGCGGCGGUGACGGCCUCCGUGUCCUUUGCUAUGAUCUACUUGUCCAAUGACUGCAAGCCUCUGAAAAUGGAUAAUUCAGAGGAGUACCCUUUGCAGCUCUUCUGUGCUGAUGGAGAAUACAACGCCAUGGCAACGACAUUCUUCAACACACCGGAGAGAAGUGUUAGGAGUCUGUUCCAUAACCCCCGAGGGACCUACAACUUGCUGACGCUGGGCUUCUUCACAUUGACAUACUUCUUCCUAGCCUGUUGGACCUAUGGGCUCAUGGUGUCAGCAGGGGUCUUUAUCCCCUCCCUCCUCAUAGGGGCUGCAUGGGGUCGGCUCUUUGGCGUCCUACUGCCCAACAAGACUUUCAUCAAACCGAUAUGGGCGGAUCCCGGCAAGUACGCCCUGAUGGGAGCCGCAGCCCAGCUGGGUGGCAUUGUCAGAAUGACUCUGAGCCUUACGGUCAUCCUGGUGGAAGCUACUGGGAAUGUUACCUAUGGUUUCCCCAUCAUGCUAGUGCUAAUGACGGCUAAGAUUGUGGGGGAUUAUUUCAUAGAAGGCCUUUAUGACAUACACAUUAAACUUCAGAGUGUUCCUUUCCUUCACUGGGAAGCCCCUGCCACAUCUCACUGGCUCACUGCCAGAGAGGUCAUGAGCUCUCCGGUCACCUGCUUCAACCAACUGGAGAAGGUGGGCACCAUCAUGGACUUCCUCAGCAACACAGCCACCAAUCACAAUGGCUUCCCGGUGAUCGUGCAGGCCAGCGGCGAACAGAGUGGGAAGCUGUGUGGACUCAUCCUUCGCUCUCAGCUCAUUGUUCUUCUAAAACACAAGGUGUUUGUGGAGAGGGCCCAUUCCCGGCUGCACCAACGUAAGCUGCAGCUGAAGGACUUCAGGGACGCGUACCCCCGCUUCCCUCCCAUCCAGUCCAUCCACGUCUCACAGGAUGAGAGGGAGUGCAUGAUGGACCUGUCUGAGUUCAUGAACCCCACCCCCUACACUGUGCCUCAGGAGACCUCCCUCCCUCGUGUGUUUAAGUUAUUCCGAGCUCUGGGGCUGAGGCACCUGGUGGUGGUUGAUGAUGUUAACAAGGUCGUGGGCCUGGUGACCCGGAAGGACCUGGCACGCUACCACAUGGGCAAGCAUGGGCUCGAAGAACUACACCUGGCCCAGAUGUGAGUAGCUGGACACGUUUUGCACGCUCGCCUUCUGCUCGCCCUUGCCGUGACACCGCUCAGCACGUCACGCCGGCUCGAAGGGGCAGCACGGCUCAGGCUCUCGGCAGCAGUGAACGUUCCAAACGCGGCAGACAAAAUGUGCGACCUGCAAAAGCCCAGGAGGACAGGCCUUGAUCUGCCAAAGCUGGUUCUCCUGAGACGUGACAUGUUGAUUUCGAAAAGGAAUCUCAUCACACAGCUGAUGAGUGGUACAAUAGUACAACUCUUCCUGAAUGCUGAGUUGUGUGAUGGUGUUUCAAUAUUUGACUAAAUGGCUUAGCUGGAUGUCGUGGGACUCCUAAACAUCUAUUGACUUGUCGCUUCUCCUUGGUGUAUUCAGGUCUUUAUUCUUAAUAAGUGCAAGGGCUCAGUUAAAUUAUGCAGUGUAUGCAGUGUAUAUUUUGCCUGUAGGUAAAGAGCACAUUAAUUUUAUUUGUUCCUGUUAGUGUUGCACUGUACUAAUAUGUUUAUUUAUUGUGUUUUGAGGGGUCUGUCUUGCCUACCUUGUCUAAAUCUCUUGAUAUUUCAGUUUUUGUAGAUAUUGUAUGUUAUUGUAUUUUAUGUCCUUGAUUUGAACAUGCCCUUCAUGUUGACAUGCAAGGCCAGGUUUGGACAUCCUGCUAUACAGCAUCUUGUGCAAUUAUAAUCAAAAAGAUGACAACAUUGAGUCAUCCUUGCUCUUAGUAAUGGGCUGAAAUAGACAGCUAAUACUUAAUAAGUUUCUGUGUUUUUUGAAGCUACAAGCUAAAAUGCCACUCCUUUUGAUCUGCAAGUGUCAAUAGAGUAUGACCGGGAGUAUAGUAAACCUCUACUAUUUCCUACCGACUUUCUUUGGAAGCAUUACUCGAAUGGUCUAAUUUGACUUCUAUUGGGAAUAGAACUGAUUAAUUCUUCAGCCCUUUCUUAUACCAUUCUGUAAUAUCGUGCCAGCCAAAUUACUUAUAAGUAGGUGGAGGAGGUAGAGUCUGUUCCCUCUCCAGAUUCAUUGUUAUUUUGCACGUAAAGCUAGUCCUGGCAAUGUCCAGGCUAGCUCAGGUAGACUGCUGAGCCUUGCUAACGAUUUUAUUUUGGAUCCUGGCAUACUUCAGUUCUUCUCAUUUUGCACUAAAGUAAAAAAAUAAGUAAAAAAGGUAUGGCACUUCCAUAUAUUGCUAAAGAAUGAAUAUGCAGAUUCUGAUCUUAUGAUUUAUAUGUUUAAUUAUCUUACCUGUAAAUUUUAUCUUGAAAUUGAACAGCAGUAUUCAUGUCAAAUGAAACGAGACGCUUAAAACUUACGAAGCUGAUUAUAGGAUAAUUACAUAAGCAAAAUUGUUUACAUCUGUUGACGUGUAAGCAUUGUGUUCAUUUUUCCAUUUUGUGUAGCUAACCGACCAGUGACUUUCAGACCUGGAAUCAGCCAGUGCUCUUAAUCAUGCAAAGCUAACAUUUUAAGAAAUAAUAAUCACUACCUUUACUGCUUUCUCUUUUUGUCCAGUUAUUAAUUAUGAAUAGUAAGUCAAAACAUUUUCUUUUUUUUUUAUAAAGUAUGGAACAGAUUUGUCAACUAAUAAAAGUUAUAAAUGAGUCAUGUAAUACCUCA